AUGGCUUUGACGACACUGACACCCCAGUAUGAACCUAAAUCAUCGCCGACCAUUGCCGAAGCAUCAAAUGAUUUGAAUGUUGCUGAAAAUCUACACAAGGCUGCUGUGCGAUUGUUAACUAAACGCAGUGUCGUUAUCCAAAAUGCCAUUGAAACGAAAGGUGGCAAUGAAGCGGUUGGGCGCCAACAACAUCUUGACCAUCAUCAGCCCAGUAGCGUCAGUGUAAUAAUGGAUCGAAAUUUAGCUGAGAGCAUAGCAACGAUACGUAAAAAUGUAACAAGGGUGUUGCAGAUGUAUUUUCGUCAACUAAAUGAAACGACAACAACAACAGCAGGACCAAGCAUGCCCGAGGCUACUAACACACACCAACUGCUGACCAACGAUAUACAAACAAAUGUAACGACAACGACGACGAUGAUGAUGACGAACAGUACACCUACACAUUUUGUAGCCAAUGUGGUCGGAACAAUGACUUCGGAAGUUUUACAAAAUUCCACCAAUGUUACCUAUUACAAUACCAGCCUAGCAAGUAGCGACAGCAACAACAACAACAGCAACAAUGUGAUAUCAACAGCAGUGUCCCAUUUAGCGGACGUUGCCAAUGCCACCUUGGCUACGUCCACAACGCAAGCCACCAACCCGUCCCUAACAUCGCCACACACCACCCUGACGUCGUUAAUAAGGAAUAUAACAUAUCCUAGUUAUGGCAUACCAAUUAGCAGUGCGGAAAAUUGUUCGGCAAUAUUUAGCAGCUAUACGCCACCGCAAACAGGUUUAUUUUGCAACUGGACUUGGGAUAUGUUUACAUGUUGGCCACCUACACCAGCUGGAGCAUUGGCGCACAUGGGCUGUCCAUCGGGUUUUCGGGGAGUCGAUGCAAGAAAAUUUGCCAAUCGCAAAUGUGAACUGAACGGCCAUUGGGGUGGCCGACCUCAUGAGCCACCCAGUGCCAAUGGUUGGACUGAUUAUAAUCCAUGCUUUAAGCCGGAAGUAAAAACGUUAUUAGAUAAAGUGCCGAAUUUGGAGCUAGUCGUUGAAAUAGCUAAACGUACACGUACCUUGGAAAUUGUUGGCCUUAUACUGUCACUGGUGGCAUUAAUCCUGUCGUUAAUCAUAUUCUGUAAUUUUCGUUCGUUGCGUAAUAAUCGUACAAAAAUCCAUAAAAAUCUCUUCAUUGCCAUGGGUCUGCAGGUGAUCAUACGGCUGUCCUUGUAUUUGGAGCAGGCAUUUCGGCCGGGUAAAACGGAAACGAUAACGGGAAUUGAAAAUACGCUCUACCUAUGUGAAACCUCUUAUAUUUUAUUGGAAUAUGCCAAGACCGCCAUGUUUAUGUGGAUGUUCAUCGAAGGCUGGUAUCUGCACAAUAUGGUCACUGUUUCCGUAUUCCAAGGUAGAUUCCCAUAUAAACUCUACUCGAUUGUGGGAUGGGGUGUACCCGUGCUGAUGACCACCAUAUGGGCGAUAUGUACGGCCUUUUAUUAUGCCGAUACGACGCAUGACUGCUGGGGUAAUUACAAUUUAACGCCGUACUAUUGGAUAUUGGAGGGCCCGCGUAUUGUUAUUAUAACGAUAAAUUUUGCAUUUCUUUUAAACAUAAUCGCCGUGCUGGUCAUGAAGUUACGCGAAAGCCAGGCCAGCGAUAUCGAGCAAACCCGCAAGGCAGUCCGUGCUGCCAUCGUCUUACUGCCUCUGUUGGGCACCAUCAAUAUUUUAUAUUUAGUUCCGACCCUAGAGACACCCUGGAAAUUUGCCUUGUGGUCCUAUGUGACCCAUUUCCUAAAUACAUUUCAGGGAUUUUUUAUAGCCUUAAUUUAUUGUUUCCUAAACGGAGAGGUAAGGGCAGUUCUACUUAAAAGCCUGGCUACGUAUAUGUCGGUGCGCGGCCAUCCCGAAUGGGUUCCCAAGCGAGCUUCAAUGUACUCGGCGGGUUAUAAUACCGCCCAUGAUACCGAAAAUCAUCAUCAUGGUGAAAAUAAACGCAAUGGCUCACCCUCCACCAAACGUCUGAAUGGCCGCAAGGGCAGUUGCUCCACGGUCAUACACCAGGCGAAUAACAAACAUCCUAAAAUACAAAAAUCUCCAAGACUAUCGCACAGCAAUGCCAGUGGCCAGGGUAAUCAUUUGCCACUGCCGCAAGAGCCUCACCAUGGCCAUCAACAGCGUUUGGGUAGUACGGGCAGUACGAAUAACAACAAUGGCGGCGGGAUAGGUGGGGCUGCUGGCAGUGAUACCAGCCUGCACUCACUAAAUCGCCUGAAUCAUCACAUACACCAUCAUCACCACCAGCUGCCGCAUAAUCGCCGCUCACAUCACAGCUGGUUGCUGACACUGUGCUUUCGCGGCCAAAAGAACAAAUGUGUGAUGUCUAAUACUGAAAUGCCACCAAAAAUAUUUAUGACAACAAAAAUGGAAACAUUCACUUAA